CACUAAUGAAAGUGCCGGAGACACAAACAAAGGAGAACGCUUUGAUAGUUUUGCGCCACGGCCCCGGGGAUCUCAAUUUCAAAGCUUGUCCUUCCCUCGAAGCUGGCGCCCCAAGAUGGCGGGAGGAUACGAGAGCGACUGUGAAAUGUUGAUUAUUGACGGGAAGAUAGCUGAUCCGAGGUACAAGCUCAAGGCCAUCUACCCGUACAAGGAAGGGGGGACUUUUUCUUGCAGUACACUCCACCUGGACAUGAGCUCAAGGCCUUCAGAAGAACAGGUCCUUUCCGAGGUGGCCAAGACUGGCCUGUACAACGGGCUGGGGAUGGGCCUGAUUUUGUUCGAAACAGACUACGGUAAUGGUACAGGAACGACUUUCUCUCUGACCCCCCCCGCUGUGGGCCGGAAGGGGCUCUCUCUCAGUACGGAACAUAACAUUAAUCUCGGCAGACAGCACCAGAUGACCAUCACGAAGUCCAAUGCAGAUCCAGAUCUGAUCGAGCAGGACGAGUGGGUGCCAGUGAGAGUACUCUUACAGGGCACUGAUGAGGAGUUCAUGGGGAUUGAAAGCAACUAUGCCACACCAAGGCCUUCCCCGGGAAAAGGUGAACAAUUGGUCAUGAAGCUGGCCAAGGGCACAGGCUCCACGUCAGAUGGCGAAGAGGGGUCGGAGACUGAAGGAGAGGGGGCGGACGAAGACGCUGACGAGGAGGAAUCCUUCAGGACACCAGUUGGAAGAGGUGCGCGGCCGAGAGAGCGGCGCAGGAAGGCGCGGCCUCAGGCAGUUAAAGGGAAGGAGGAGGAUAACGCCGGAUCGGGACAUCAGGCAGCGGAGGCAAAGGCGGAGGCGGAGGCGGAGGACUUGGCGCAGGCGGCAGCCCGCCAGCUGUGGAGGGAGGAGAGAGAGGCGGCCCAGAAGGCGCGUCAAGAGGAGAAGGAAGUGGCGGAGAAAUGCGUGGUUUUGACUGCAAAACCGUCCGGUGCCGGCGUCGUCCGCAUUCGGAACCACCCCGACGCCGCAUUCGUUGAGCAUACAUGGACGCAGGAGCUCCUCCAAAAGGGCCCUGCAUGGUUCGUCCCUGACCCCGAAGACCCGACCUGCGCCCAAUGGGAUGAGGAGCAGGGGUGGGUAGGAGGUGACAACAUCGCCGGCCACGGGAACCCCGGCCAGACAACGGAUGAAGGUUAUUUUCGGGAUGUCUAUGGGCUGCCCUUCGAAGCGGCCAGGGGUUAUGCGCACGCCGCCAAGAAGGUGUACCGGCCGCAUGUCAAGGGCCUUUCUCCUGGGAAGGUCAUCGCGCAGAACGCGACGACUAUGAUGGUGACCUGUAGUUUUGUGCGGGGCGGCAGCGGAAGCGUGCUCAGUCGGGUGGAGACCCCCCUCGCGGUGGUAGCUAUGCAUGUUCGCCAGAAGCUGACGGGGAGGGGGCAGCUGAUCUGCCCAUCUAAUGUUGCCUUGAAGAUGAGCGCGCCCUGGAUCGUGCUGGGGUAUGCCAAGCACGUCGUGCCCAGGCUGAACAAGCAGCUUGAAACGUCGUCUUGGCCGAAGGAUCACGAGGAGUACAUGAAGCAGGCUCUGGUGCGGUACCUGGUGAAGCACCAACCGCUCAUUGAAGCGCACGGGCUGUGGGACGCAUGCUAUAGGUUGCUGGAAACCCACCUGGUUGAUGUUGACGAAUGAGAAGUUUGAUUCAGUUGCACGGGUUGAAUGAGUUAAGCGGGUUGAGAGAGUUGUCCUUGGACCGCUUACCAUAAAUUCAGACCGAGCACUGUUGUAUCUUGAUCAGAAAUUAUGCGAUUGGGAAGCCUCGAGGAAACAAUGAUCCGUUCUUUGGGCGUUUCACAAUGGUUGCCUCCGGCUAUUGUCCAAUUAUCUAGAAUUACCCGGUAGAGGGCCAAUCUGUUGGAAGUUUGAAUGAACUUUGAUUGAGCAUGGCAGUCUGAUCUUCGCUUCAACUGGGAUUGUGCGUCAGCCAGUCCAGCCAGGGCCUUAGAACCGCCAGUGUCGCGGCAGCUACUGGACAGGGUAUACAUCCUUGUGGUGCACUCUAUGCAAGCUGGUCCAUGCCAAG